AUGGGUCUGAUGCUGUCUAUUCUGGUAACAUGCGUCGGUGUUAUCGAAUUAAUAACAUUCUAUCAAAACAUUUCGAGACAUUUGCGUUACCCUCCUCAGCGCGGUGACCUAUCUGUGAUCAGUGACCGGUACGUUAGAGAAUUAGGAGAAAUCCCUAGGCGCCCCAAAGAAGAUUUUCUACGUUACACCAAGGCGGUGCCGCCUACUUUGAGGCUAAACAGUCACGAAGAUAUCGAGAUCAAAUACAGCAGAGAUCUUCAACAUUCGAGAUCGCCAAGUCCUAGAAGGUUCUUGGUGACCGAAACCGAAGAUAGCGUCAAUCAGCAUGAAAGAAGUUGUUCGCCUCGGAAGUUUUUGGUGUCCGAGGAACCCGGGGUACUGAAGAAAACCAAAUCGCAAAAUUCCAUACCAGAAUUUUUGAUCGAGGAAGAGAAAAAUUCGGAAAAGUGUCCGCAUAAACCAAGGUAUCUUCUUAAAGAAAAACAAAACGAAGAGUCACCCAUACCCCUUCCACGUCAAUUCAUCGUAUCAGAAGAAAUCUUAAACACCGUAGUAUUCGAUGAUACCGAUUUUGAGGUACCAGAAACCUCCGAGAUACCUUUAGAACAUGAGGCGUUGCCAUUUUUAUUGGUCGACCCGCCCGCAGUGCCUCGAAACAGUAUUUGCGCUGAACUCAUCGAAGGCGAAGCAGAAGCCAUAAAAUCCUUUGAUCCGAUUAGAGGAGAAAAAGUCGACGUCAUACUCGAAAGUACAAAUUUCAAUACUACGCAAUACUGGACGAAUAAAGUGCUUGUGGUGCCCAGUAGGACUUCCAGAUCUAGGUCCGUGUCACCUGUUAAUAAUUAUGGUCCAGUAGAUGGACAGGAUGUCAUUAAGUACGAUGAAAAAUAUUUGAAUGAUUUAGAUGGGGUGAGCAAAGCUAAAAGUAUCAAGAGGUUCGGAAAUAGUAGAAGAAGUGUUAAGAAAAAGGAUGCUGACCAAAACGCAAGUGGUAUUUCUCAAACUGCACCCGAAGAUAAAACAACGGAGGUGUUAAAGCACGCAGCCGAAGAAUUACAGAAAGUAACGUCCGAAGAGAAUAGCCAAAAAAAUAAUCAUCCAUCAACGAGCAAAUCAAUAGAUCCGACGACUGGAAAGCCUUUUUGGGUAAAGAAUUGA